AUGAGUCUGGAAGGCUACGGGCUGGGCCCUAGCGGAGGCACCACGGAGCAGGCAGAGGACGAAGCCCGGCAGCCCCAGCGCCGGCCGAGCAGCAGACACCGCAGCAGCGGGCAGGGACCUCCCGCCUCUAGCCGGCGCUGUGCGGCUGCAAGGCCCGGCCUGCCGCGUCCCGGGGCUCGCUGCUGCACCAGCCAGGCGCCCGGGCCCCUGCGGCGAGUCCAGCCCGCGCCUCCCCGACCCGCUCCCCUGAGCCCGGCCAUGCUGGCGGCGCGGCUGCUGCGGGCGGCCCCGAGCGGGCUAGCCUCCCUCCACAGCUCCGCCCGCCGCCUGCGCGGGGCCCGCGUGGCCGUGGUCUUGUCUGGAUGUGGUGUGUAUGAUGGUACAGAAAUCCAUGAGGCCUCAGCCAUUUUGGUUCACCUGAGUCGUGGGGGAGCUGAAGUUCAGAUGUAUGCCCCAGAUAUUCCUCAGAUGCAUGUUAUUGACCACAGCAAAGGACAACCAGCUGAGGCUGAAUCAAGAAACGUUUUAGUGGAAUCAGCAAGGAUUGCUCGUGGUAAAAUCACAGACCUGGCUAAACUUAGUACAAAGGACCAUGAUGCUGUGAUAUUCCCUGGUGGAUUCGGAGCUGCUAAAAACCUUUCCACCUUUGCUGUGGAUGGGAAGGAUUGCAAAGUGAAUGGAGAGGUUGAACGUGUCCUGAAGGAGUUCCACAAAGCUGGGAAACCCAUUGGCCUGUGCUGCAUUUCACCAGUGUUGGCAGCAAAAGUACUCUCUGGUGCUGAAGUUACUGUGGGACAUGAAGAAGAGGAAGGUGGGAAAUGGCCGUAUGCCGGAACUGCAGGAGCCAUUAAAGCACUGGGAGGAAAACAUUGUGUAAAAGAAGUAACUAUAUCCUUUCCAAUUAAUAAUCAGUGACCACGUGUUGAGGGA